AUGAAUGCUCGCCCAAAGAUGUUUUACCUCCCGGAUAUCAUGACCAACUGGCCAUGGCUUCGCGCAGUCAACCCUCGUUACGAAGCUGUGAAAAUCGAAGCUGAUGCUUGGUUUCGUAGUUUCAAAACUCUGGAUCCAGAGUUGUUGAAAGCGUUCGACAAGUGUAAUCCAGCUUACGCGGUAGCACUGGCUCAUCCCACUGCAUCAGGAGAACAUCUUCGAGUCGGUUGCGAAGUCCUGGAUGUGCAACUGGUUGUAGACGACGUCACCGAUAGAAUCACUGCGGCAGAUGCCAAAGGACUAGUAGACAUCGUUAUCGAUGCCUUACACAAUCCUCAUAAGAUACGACCAGAAGGUGAAUACAUUGUUGGAGAAAUGAUGCGACAAUGUUCGGCUCGUGCGAUGCAGACCAUAAGCACUACUUGUUAUCCCCGCUUCAUUGAUAGCUUUACGACAUGGCUUCGUGCAGUAGCUGUCGAAGCUAUUGACCGCGAACAAGAACAUUGUCUCGGUAUCGAUGACCAUUUCAAGUACCGACGGGAGUCAGGUGGCAUGUUACCUUGGUUCGCACUAUGUGGAAUGGAGAUGAAUCUCCCUGAUGAAGUGUAUCACCAUCCCGCCAUCGUGGAUAUGAUUGAAUGUGCUGCAGAUUUGAUUGAAGUCGAUAAUGACAUGGUCUCGUACAACAAAGAACAAUCGGACGGGACCGACUAUAAUUCGCUGAUAACCGUUGUCAUGGUAGAGUUUGGCCUCGACAUAGGCAGUGCGAUGGGUUGGGCAGCUGCCCAUCACACCAAACUUAAGACAAGAUUUAUCAACGGUCUUGCGAAGAUCCCUUCAUGGGGUCCUUCCACCGACAUCCUAGUCAAGGAGUACCUUGAUGGACUAGGAAUCUGUGUGCGAGCAAAUUAUUGUUGGAGUUCCGACAAUCAAAGGUAUUUUGGCGCAAUGACUGCGGAGAUACAGGAAAGUAGGCUCGUCCCAUUAUGGCCAAAGGUCCACAGCAAAGCCAGCAUCCCGGGUGGCGAAGGACCAUACUGA